CAUUUGCUGCCCAACCCAACCAUCUUCGCUGCCUUGUGGCCGCGCUUCAUUUUUGGCCGUGUCUUCAUUUUUACAGAAGGAAAGGAGUAAUAAUAUGUGUCAAAAUAUAUUAAAAGUGAUGGAUAAAUUUUUUCAAUCCAAGUUUUAAAAACCUCUGUAAAACACUCUAACACAUGUCAAAAAAGACUUGACUAGAGCAGAGUUUGGCCGAGAAUGAUAACAAAUUUAAAGGAAUUAGAAUUUGUUUCUGUUUCUAGGCAUUUUUAUGUUCUCAGAAGGGUGUCAAUCUUGAGUUUAUGGGUAAAAAAGUGGAGCUGGGUUGAGCUUAUCUUCUUCAAGGAUGGGAAUUAGAAGAAAAAUUUAGAUACUUUUCUUAUUUUUAAUAUUCCUAGCAAUAGUAUUAGUAUAGCCAUGAAACUAAGUUUCUCAUACAAUUUUGUGGCCCCAAAAUUCUCGGUGUUGAUGAAACCCAGUCUUAUUCGUAAUUUUCACAAAACUGUUUGCUGUUUUUCUCUAAAAUCAUCACCACCCACCACGCCAAAACCCCAAACUCCACUCUUUCUAAGGCCACCUAUACACUCUGCUACCUUGUCUGACCUGCAAAAAUGGCACCAAUGGGCCAAAAGUCUUGCUUCCUCUGUGGGAACUGCAUUUGUGGAUUUAGAUAAUGGUCCGGACUCCAGCCUUUUGUGCAGAGAGCUCAAGUGGCUUAUGGAAGAUGCCACUGAAGAAAGGUUAAUAGCUUCCCAAAUUCAUAGUGAAAACUUUCAGACAAGUGUUGGGUUAAGGGUGAGCCUGGAAGACCUUUACAGACUAUGGAAGCAGAGGAUUGAAGAAAGGAGGCCUUUCCAGUACAUUGUUGGAUGUGAGCAUUGGAGGGACUUGGUGUUGUGCGUUGAAGAUGGAGUUUUGAUUCCGAGGCCUGAGACUGAAAAGAUUGUUGAUUUGGUGGGUGAUGUAGUUUCAGGUAAUGAAGGAUUGAGAGAGGGAUUGUGGGUUGAUUUGGGGACUGGAAGUGGUGCCAUUGCUGUUGGAAUUGGGAAUAUUUUGAAGGGUUGGGGAAGAGUCAUUGCUACAGACAUGAGCCCUUUAGCACUAGCUGUGGCUGCUUUUAAUGUGCAGAGGUAUGAUUUGCAGGAUGUUAUUGAAUUAAGACAAGGAUCUUGGUUUGAACCAUUGAAGGAUGUGGAAGGAGAGCUUGCAGGUAUUAUAAGCAAUCCACCAUACAUUCCAAGUAGCCAUAUUUCUGGGCUACAAGCUGAAGUUGGUAGGCAUGAGCCAAGAACUGCACUGGAUGGUGGUAUUAGUGGCAUGGAUGAUCUCUUACAUCUCUGCAAUGGGGCUGCCUCUAUGUUAAAACCUGGUGGAUUUUUUGCUUUUGAGACAAAUGGUGAGGAGCAAUGCAAAUACCUUGUUGAGUACAUGGCAAAUGAAGCUGGAGAGAGUUUUUGUAGUGUAAAGAUAGUCCCAGACUUUGCUGGAAUUCAUAGAUUUGUAACUGGAUUUCAUAAAUGAUUAAUUUUUUCUUUGAAUACCAAAGAAAGAAGUAUGCGCGUCAUGGGAUGCUUGAUUUCAGUCCA